GUGGACGGUGGGGGAGUGACAACUGUGAUAAUUUGCUUUUAUGCACCCUACUUGUUUUUUUGUAUCUAUGCAUUGCUUAAUACGUCAUAAAUUGAAAUCUAAUCGUUAACAAUAAGUAUAAAACUAUUUGUUUGUCAGGUUUGUUAAAAAGUAUUCCUUAUGUCAUUUUAUUAGUCUGUUUUUGUAAUCAGUGAUACAUUUGCAAUGUCAAAUUGUCCUUUUAGAUUCGACGGUCAUGAAAGAACAAAGCCGUGCAAAAUACAUGUUCAGUCUUCACUUUACGCCACGAGCUAUUGGACCAGUGAGGACAGUCCCAAUGACACUAAAGCUUCAGUCUACUGGAGGCCAAAAUAAUGCCAUUCAAAUAAUGAAUUAGGACCGGUCAUUGCACUUCUCAUUGUACUUAACCACAAACUCAAAGAUGGUUGUUGUUUUUUGGUGAUGUAUCAUCACAGGCGGUAUGCUUUUAAAAACACCCAACCAAGAACUAUAUCAUUUGUAACGUCACACAGGCAGAGUAAUGGACAAUCCCGAGAGUGCAUUUCAUCUCAAGAUAUCUCAUUUGUGCGCGUCGUGCUGCUGCGAUUUGCGGAACCAUUCAUAUAAAUCACCCUGAAGGAUUCUCCAGUGAACAAACAAGAUUGAAUUCAGUGUCAAGAAGUGAUUUGAUUAGUUUGAGAUUUCAGUUUUAAAGAGCACGGAAUAAUAUGUAUUGCCUUUUAUUAUUUUUACUUUUUGUUUGCUCACAUUUUUCUGUUUUGUUUGAAUGAGUGAAAUUAGAUAUUUUUGCAUUUCUAAGUCUUACCUAUACAUAUAGGCUCUAUCUUAUGACAACUUGGAUUAUACGUUUUCUCUGGCACCAUUGAGCCCGAAUCAGUUACUGGCAAUGAAGUCAAAGGUCAUAUUCCAUCUGGCGUUGUAUGCAAUACCUCGCCAACAGUUAAGAACGCGUUGAUAGGUGGAGUUCAUACAAUUGUACGUUUUAGUGAAUAUUAUUAUAACGGUUGAAGAGUAGUAUCCGGUGAGAGGCAGUAAUUAUCUAGCAAUUGUUUUUUUUUUAUUGCAUCUAUUUUAUCAUGGCAAUUGCAAAUGUUUUAUCAUAAUUUAAUAUGUGAAUGUUUGCCUCGAGUGUACAAUAAGAUUAAAACGAAUCAUUUACAAUUUGUGUUUGUUGUUUCAAAAAUACCAAAUUGUCUAAACGUCCGCAAAUUCUCACGUUGGUUAUGGUCAAGUUAUUACGAAUUGUUAUUUUCAUUGAGAAAACUUUACUGUUGAUUAGUAUUAACUUUCUCUAGGUCCGUUCUUGUAUUUCUUUUACUUGUCCUUUGAAUGUGUUCUUCCUGGCAAAAAGUUUGGGACACCCUUGUUCAAAUUACUCUGUACAGUCUUUCUAUCAUUUGCAAGAUACCACAAUUGAAGAAGAUAGCGAAUCAGGGAACGUUACAAAUGCUCAUGGAAAGCUUACCACGUACACAGCGGCCCCUGAAGCAGGGUCAACCACAUGCAGUGCAUCCACAGAAAAUGGGGCGAAAUGGCCAGAAGCUCAAGACGGGCAGAUAUCUCUAUCUAAAUGUCAUGAAGGAUAUGAAGGUCAUUAUUAUCGUCGUUGUCAGAAAGGCACAUUCCUGAACCCCGUUAACAAUUGCACACGGAAAGCCAUACGGGAUUUACAUGCUCGGAGGCUUUGUCAACGUUGAAGAAUCAAACAAAUACCUUGACAACAGCUACUGAAAAUUUACCAACAGCUGGCGAUCUACAGAAUGUUAACCAGAUCCUUGAUGAAAUCAUUGACAACAUCGAAAUUAAUUCUUCUACAAUCAAGAACGACUCAAACAGUUUCUUCGAUGUUGCGAAUAACUUACUGGAUGGAAAAUCGACAUCGUCAUGGAAAAGUUUGAUUGAUGACAAGGGAGUUGGUGCCGUCUCUGUUUUAACCACAAUCGACCGGUUUAUUUCGAAAGUUGUGAACUCGUCUGACGGGAAUUUCACGAUGGAGGUCGACAAGCCAAACUUGUUUAUAGAAAUUGGUCAAGUAGACAGUUGUGACAAUAUUACGUUUCCGUCCAAUGCCGGUAAUACCAAAAAUACAACGAAUAGUAUGGAGGAUCAGAUCGUCGUUGGCUGUGGACAAGGUAAAAACGUAUUUAGUGGCGGCUUGUUUAAAAACAUGUCGGGAAUGUUGCCUACAACUUCAAAUGAUAUCGACUCAUUAGACAGUUCAAUCAACGGGCCGGUACUGUCCUUCAGUUUCCACAGACAACAAAAUAGAACAGAGAACGUCAGCAUAACCUUCCAUGUCUUUGAUAAUGAAUUAAGGGACCCUGCUUGUUCCUUUUGGAAAACAAACUUAAGCGGGAAUAGCCGCUGGUCCACCGAGGGAUGCGAAUUAGAACACUUUGACAGCGAGACAGGGACUGUGUCCUGCAAGUGUAACCACCUGACAAACUUUGCUGUCCUCAUGAGCCCCGCCAGUACCACUGAAACGGAAACUGUUCACCAUCGCAGCCUUGGAGUUUUGUCAAUUGUGGGAUGCAGCAUAUCUAUACUUGGUUUGGUUCUUACCAUUGCGAUUUAUGUAUACUUUUGGAGGACUGUACAUUCCACGAGGUCAGUUUUGCUUCUCAACCUGUGUACGGUUCUUGUUGUGGCUUACGUCCUGUUUCUGGCAGGGGUGGACUACACUUCACAACCCGCCGUGUGCACGUCCAUUGCUGUUCUGCUCCAUUACAUAUUUUUGGCUGCCUUUUUCUUGAUGCUAUCGGAAGGAUGUAUUAUUGCACAAAAGGUGCUCAGACCCCUUGACAAAAGGAACAUUUUACAAGCAUUGCUUGGAAUUUCUUACGGACUUCCCCUGGUCGUCGUUAUUAUUUCUGCUGCAUCAUCUAAACUGAAAGGUUAUGGAAAUGACAAAUUCUGCUGGCUUAGCAUUGAUUCGGGACUUUUCUGGGCUUUUGCUGGACCGGCAUUGACAAUAAUAUUUACGAACACCAUCAUCACGGUCGCAGUCAUCAAAAGGUUGUUUGGAACUUCCGCUAUGUCAAAACGAGGGGAUGCUGACAAGAUCAAGACUGGACUUCGGAGCGUGUGUGUCUUGUUGCCAGUGUUUGGGAUCACGUGGCUGUUCGGUGUGUUUGCUGUCAACAAGGAUACUGUCGUUUUCCAGUACCUCUUUGUCAUCUUCAACAGUCUACAGGGAGUUCUGAUCUUCGUAGUUCAGUGCAUCCUGGAUAGGAAAGUGCAGGAGGCGUUCAAAGCCAGGCGAGCCAGGUGGCUUGCACCAGAGGUGUCCAUCACUGCUACCGAAAUGAAAACGAAGUCCUCGGCUGUAACAAAAUCAAACGCCACCGAAUCAACUGCAUAACUGACGAAUGUCCAGUUUACAUGUAUAUACAUGUAUAUGCAUACUUUACCAUAUUUGUUUGAUAUUAAAAUAAUACUUCACAUAUUUGCAAUAGAUGUUCAGGAGUAUACACAUUCGGUGUUGCUUUUUGGUUUGGAAAUACACAUUUAUAUAUGAGCCUCAUUAUUAUAAUAUUUUAAUGGAAAAUACAACUACAUCGCGUAAAAGAUAACAAAUAUAAACACUUGUUUGUUCGAAUACAUUUUAAGGUUGAAUUUAAUUAGAUGGGAGAAAUAUCGUGUCAUUAAUGAACCUGAGUAAUCAUGUGUGUAUUUCUUAUUUAAACACACUUUAUAAGUAUUGAUUAUAAUGGAAUCUAUCGAUCAGUAAAUAUUUUGAAUUAUCAAUUACUUUUAAUUAUUUUUGUGUAAAAAUAAUAUUUUUGUAUGCCUUUUUGUUAUCAUUUGUUUUCUUAUUAAAGCUUAUCGUAUUUGUAGUUUUAAUCAUUGUUUUUGUAUGUCAUGUAUUACAUUUUGUGUCAGGAAAUAUGGAGGAUAUAUUUUUUAAUUUCAGUGUAAGAUUGCAAUAUAUAUUUUACGAGUGUUCAUAUAAAACAGCGCAUAAAGACAAUAUGCAUUAUUAUUUGAAUGAUGGUCAGUGUCAAAAAACAUCUGUGGAUUAAACACAUCAUUCAAGUAUGUUUGUUUAGUGGAAUUUAAUCACGUUUAUAUUCUGAACAGCGUCUGUAUCCUGAUCGUUUACACUAAGCUUCUAUAAGGCGAAGAAAUAGGGAGAAAAUUGUACACAAUGCUACGAUGUUGACAAUGUUUAGAGAUCAUAUAAAGAAUUUUUCGGUUUAUUGCUUAUUGUGUGAAAGGUGAUUUUUUUUCUUGAGAUUCGAUAUUUAUGUGAAAAACUAUCGAGCUAUCUAUUCUGACAGGAAAAUAUUUGAUAAAAGGAUACCAUUGAAAUGAUGAAUGGUGAGCUUGAUUUACUUCUGAAACGUGUUGUAUAAAAGCUGCACUCGCACUGAUUGACCGUUUUACAACGUUUUUAAUUUUGUUUGUCUUGGAAUGACUCAUUUUGGGCGUAAAUGCGUGGAAACAAGUAAGAUGAGACUGCUGACAAAACAUCAGAUCGCAGACAUUCUAUUUUAGUUUGAAAAUUGAUGUGUUUUUUACUAAAAGAGUUACUUACGCUUUAAGAAAUAUUAUUUUUUCUGCAGUUUUCCAAAUUAUUGGUAUCUGUUCUAUUGUGGGUUAUCAAUCAUGACCACAUUGAAGUCAUUAAUGCACAAAAUAACUGAUUCUAGGCAGUUUUUUUUAUAUUAAAUAUCAAAACUAUCAAUAUGUGAGAUAGUAGCUUUAAAUAUUUAUUUGUAAACUCAAGUUAUAAUUUUGACAUAACUAUUUUCCGGCGGAAAAGAGUUAAUUAUCAAUUCAAGAAAAAUGACACUUGAUAUAAAAAGUAGUCCUUUAAUGGCAGCCAAGGUCAAAUGAUUCUAUAAAACUCAAAUAAUAUAACAUAGUAAUACACAUAGACCCUAAUGUACUGUACUUUCAAUAGCAUUAUCAGUGCUUAAAUCGAAUUAAAGAUUGCAAAUAACGACAAAAAACAAUAGAUAAAAAAACAAUCCAUUUUCAGAAUGGAAAUACUACAUGUACAGCUCUUCUACCAAAUACCUCCAAAAUUAUCAUUUUGAUCUUAGUCAGAAAUUUAAAACCCCAAUUUCUGGACUUUUUACGGGUGAAAUUUGGCCAGUUUUAAAUUUGAUUUUUGUGUUUUGUAAAACUUCAUACAUUUCCGUCACAUAGGUUGCUUUGAGGGACAUUAUUAAAGUUGUUGUUUUUUUCUGACAAUUCGAUAUUUCACCAAAAGAGCAUAACAUAUGUUUUAUCAAGUUGUUUACUACUACAUGAAUGUCAAUAUAAUAAUGUAAGUAUGUUUAUAAGUCUUCUUUUUGUUUUAUUUUGAUGCUUGAAUAUUAAACUUUUGAUAUAUAUGUCAAUUUGAAGAUAGACGCUACAUUUGUUUUUUGUUAUACAACUUGAAUGAACAGGUAGUAAAGUUAAACAAUACUCUUAUAUCAAAAGGAGAAAGCCUAGCAUGUAAUUCAUAUUUUCAAAUUAUGUUCAAGUGUUUGCUUAUCUUAUAUAUGAAUUAUAUUUAGUAAUAUUUGUAUGUGUUUAUUCCAUGCAUGAUUAAAUAUUAUUGUCUAUGUUGUAUCCACUUGCUAAUUUAGUAAUACAUAUUAAAAUACAUUUUAGAUCUUUUUGAAGAGAA